AUGCAUUUUAUAGCAGAAGCAUGUUACCGAAGACCUCUGGAACCAAGGGGACUCGUCUAUAGUCGAGGUGGUACUGCCAUCACCAUGGGAUUACUGUUCUUAUCGUUUUGUGGUUACCUGAUCAGUCAAAUUCACAACGAUAGACCUUUGAUACAGAUCUCGUCAGAACAAAUUGAAACCGACACUGAUACGCCUGAUAUCGAGCUGUGUGUGCAAAAUUCAACGCUGACUGUCGUCAAAUGCACUGCCAUGUACUACAAUUGGACUGAAGUGGACAUCCCUAAUUGCUGGGAGCGAUUCUUUCGACAAGGAGCCAACAACGAAGCAACUAAAUGCUACAUAUUUGAGACCAACAACACAUAUCGUAUGGCAGCGGGCGUUGUCUAUGACAGCAGAGAUGCCCUUCGAAGACUCGAUUUUUACUGGAACAUUGAUGAUUUAAGGAACUUGAGUUACUCGACAGUGUCAUUGCCCGCGGUGGCUGUUCAGCUGUACGAUCCACACUUCAAUACAUGGAAAGCGUCUACAGUGGGCAAUACGACCAUUGAGAGAGAAACAGCCAUCAACAUCCAGCUAGGAGCAACGAGAGCAACUACCUUUUUGAAUUACACAUCGGGCAUCUUUUAUUACCCUCAAAAGUAUCGUGCGAUUAGACCUGGGGAUGCAGCAUCCAUUAUAGGUUUGAAACCAAACUACAUCGAUAUCAUGACACUGGUCAACUUUCAGCACGAUUGGCCAAUUCGAAAUAAUCCACCACCGCCUCCUCCAGCAUUUGAUAAAAGUCUGUACCAAGGCUUAUUUUCAGUGCAAUUGGCACAGAGUACCAUUGAUGUCAAGACUGAAGUAAGACAGCACACCAUAUUAGCUGCAAUCGCUCUUGCUGGUGGAUGCUACGGUGUACUGACAACCAUCUACAUUCUGCUAUUUGGCAUGACCAGACUAACACCAUGGGGCCUAGUGCAUCAUAUUCCAGUCUUCAUCAGCAACCGAAAAAACCACGUCAAGGAUGGCAUGUAUGCGGAAGAAGAAGGCGUGUACGCUCACAACAGCAACAACGCUACUACAGGACAGCCAAUGCAGCAUGAAAACGAUAGCAAAGCUGUGCAGAAGAAGAACAGACUGUCAACCACUGUGUUGAUACCUUGGUUCUUCCGAAGUCGACUUCGAGGCGAUAAGACUUACACAACACAGGGCAGAAAUGAUACCUUUAUGCGACACAUGAUUACAAGAAAAGAACAGGAAAAAGACGAUAAGGAAAAUCACCAAAUGGAGAGUCUGAAUGUUGGAAAAAGCCAUGUCCAGGACUCGCCUGAACUACGCUUACUCGACACAAAGGAUCGUCAAAGAAACUCUCUCAGUAGCAGCAAUAGUAGUAAUUCACUGAAUGAGCAGUACGUGCACACACCAGCGAAUCCCUCGCCACCCAUUCUUUCACCACACUAUACCAUGCCAAUGAUGCCUGGCGACGGCUCCUCAUCGUCUCGCCAAUACAAUGAUCAAUCACAUUUGGAAAGUAUAUCCAGCUUGCUGCGUUUGGAGCAAGAAAGAUCUGUUAAGCUGGAAGAGAGAUCAACAGAGCUAUCAAACCGUGUGGAGGAAUUGGAGGUCAUUCUCAGCGAAUAUUUCAUCAAUACGGAUUAUCUGGAUCAACUAAGAGCUAGAAAGAACUCAAAGUUGGUUCCUGCUACCACUGAAAGCGAAUCAUCCUAA